AUGACGCUGCCGCAGAUGAUCAUGAUGAUCUUCUCGAUGUCGGCGUUUCGCGACUGGGCGAAGCUGCUCCUCAUCGGCGCGUUCCUCGAAACUUGCCGCAGGAGCUUUACGAGAGUUUGGGAGGGGAUCGUAGACUACUUCUGGGUUACUGUCUCCCUUGAUUGGGAUGACGACGCCGCUGAUUGGUUGAUGUAUUGGCUGUCGCGGCGGAAAGUCUUCCAGACCGCGCGCAGCAUUGAAGUCAGCACUUAUUUCUUCGGGCUCGACGACGCACGCGCGGACGAUCUCGGAGAGGUUGAAGACGGGGAGGACCAGGUGUCGUUCCUUCCCUCGCUCUCGCGGACGUACUCGUUUUGGUACCGCAGACGUUACGUGACUGUCAGUCGGAACCGCGAGAAUGAGGGCGGCUGGCAUAGGCCCAAAGUCAGACUAGAGGUCCAGAUGCUCACACGCAAUUCGCGCCUUCUGCGCGAGCUCCUGAUGGAAGCGCGCAAGGAGUACAAGGCUGCGAGCGAGCACCUGAUCAACGUCUAUGUGGCAGAAACAUCCGACCGGUGGAAGCGGGUCGCCACCCAGGAGAAGCGUCCGACGUCUUCUGUCAUCCUCGACCCGGGCGUCCUAGAGCUCAUCCUAGACGACGCCAAGGACUUCCUCAGCAGCAGGAAGUGGUACGCCGACCGAGGCAUCCCGUUCCGCCGGGGAUACCUGCUCUAUGGCGCGCCGGGCGCGGGAAAGACAUCUCUGAUCCACAGUAUCGCGGGCGAGCUCGGGCUGGACAUCUACAUCCUCUCGCUGACGGUGAUGGCCCUGGACGACAACAGCCUCAAGUCGCUCAUCGCGCACCUGCCGAAGUCGUGUAUCGUUCUCAUCGAGGAUAUCGACGCCGCGUUCACGCGCGGGAUGAAGCGCGACAUCUCCGAUCCCGAGGCGCAGGGCGGUCCCGCCUCCGCUGCCGAGGGCAGCCCGAGGGAGGACGGCUCCAAGGGAAACAAGAGCACACGGGACACGUUGUUCAAUGGCGUCACCCUCAGCGGGCUGCUCAAUGCGCUGGACGGCAUCGCUGCUCAGGAAGGCCGGAUACUGUUCGCGACUACGAACGACUACUCGGCGCUCGACCCUGCACUGCUGCGGCCUGGGAGGCUGGAUCUGCACAUCGAGUUCAACCUUGCGAGCGAGUAUCAGGCGAAGGAGCUCUUCAAGCGGUUCUAUACGUCUUCUGCGGACGCUCCUGCUGAGGAGGCCGAUGAGAAGAUCAACGAAAAGGACUCGGGGUACAACUCACGUUCGGCCUCCCCAGCUCGCGCUGCCGCCGCCGAUCCUCAGUCUUCAGCGAUGCCUGAAAGCGUGAAGAGCGUAUAUGUUGGAAUGACACACGCAACGCGUACAUAUCAAUUGUCUCCGGAGAAGGCGGAGGCCCUCGCAGAGCGUUUCGCUGCAAUCAUUCCUCCGCGCACGUUCUCGAUGGCGACGCUGCAGGGAUACCUGAUGGCGUACAAGGUUCGGCCCUAUGCUGCGGUUAUGGAGGCGCCUGCCUGGGUUGAGAAGAAGCAGAAGGAAAAGGCCGGUCAGGCGGUAGCCAAAAAAGACUCCAGCCUGAGUGGAGAAGGGCUGGAUAAUGCUUCGAAAGUAUCUUCGUGA